AUGACGACUGAUAUAGCCGUAAGAAGCAAUGAAUAUAAUGGUCUCGGAGUAGAGGAAUAUGAUGAAUAUGAUGAAAGUUCUUCUGCUAAACUUUUUGAAAGAUCACGUAUUAAAGCUCUUGCAGAUGAAAGAGAAAAUGUACAAAAGAAAACCUUUACAAAAUGGGUAAACUCACACUUAAUUCGUGUCAAUUGUAAAAUUCAAGAUCUUUAUAUGGAUAUGCGAGAUGGAAAAAUGCUUAUGAAGCUUUUAGAAGUUCUUUCUGGGGAUCGAUUACCAAAAGCAACUAGAGGAAAAAUGAGAAUUCAUUGUUUGGAAAAUGUUGAUAAAGGAUUACAAUUUUUAAGAGAUCAACAUGUACAUCUUGAAAAUUUAGGUUCACAGGAUAUUGUUGAUGGAUCACCAAGAUUAACACUUGGUCUUAUAUGGACAAUUAUUCUACGAUUCCAAAUUCAAGAUAUUACUUUUGAAGAUACUGAUAAUCAGGAAACACGUUCAGCCAAAGAAGCACUUUUACUUUGGUGUCAAAUGAAAACUGCCGGUUAUCCUAACGUUAAUGUUAGAAAUUUUACUACUUCAUGGAGAGAUGGUCUUGCAUUUAAUGCAUUAAUUCAUAAACAUAGACCAGAAUUAAUUGAAUAUGAAAGAUUAAAAAAAUCUGAUGCUCUUAAUAAUCUUAAUAAUGCUUUUGAAGUUGCUGAACAAAAAUUGGGACUUACCAAAUUUUUAGAUGCUGAAGAUAUAAAUGUUGAUAUGCCUGAUGAAAAAAGUAUUAUUACAUAUAUUGUUACUUUUUAUCAUUAUUUUAAUAAAAUGAAACAAGAAACUGUUCAAGCUAGAAGAAUUGGAAAAGUACUUUCAGAUUUAAUAGAAAAUGAUAAACUUAUUCAAGAAUUUGAAACUAUUUCAUCAGAUUUAUUGGAAUGGAUUCAACAUACUAUUAGUAAUUUAAAUGAUCGCCAUUUUGCUAACUCAUUAUCUGGUGUUCAAAGUCAAUUGACUGAAUUUAAUUCAUACAGAACACAAGAUAAACCACCAAAAUUUACACAAAAGGGUGAACUUGAAAUGAUGCUUUUUACAAUACAAGCAAAACUUAAAGCUAAUAAUCAAAAACCUUAUAGACCAGGUGAAGGAAGAUUAAUUUCUGAUAUAAAUGCAGCUUGGCAAGAACUUGAAAAAGCUGAACAUGGUAGAGAACUUGUCUUAAAAGAAGAAUUAAUAAGGCAAGAAAAAUUAGAACAAUUAGCAUCUAGAUUUAAUAGAAAAGCUGGAAUGCGUGAAGCAUGGCUUACAGAAAAUCAAAAACUUGUUGCUGAAGACAACUUUGGUAGUGAUUUAGCUAGUGUUGAAGCAGCUACCAAAAAACAUGAAGCAAUUGAGACUGAUAUUUAUGCCUAUGAAGAAAGAGUACAGGCCGUUGUUGCUGUUGCUGGUGAAUUAGAAGCUGAAAAAUAUCAUGAUAUUGAAAAAAUUAAUGAUAGAAAAGGAAAAGUUCUUGAAUUAUGGAAUCAACUUUUGGAAUUACUUAUGGCUAGAAGACAUAGACUUGAACUUAGUAUGACUAUUCAAAGAAUAUUCCAUGAUAUGGUUUAUGUUCUUGAUUGGACUGAUGAUAUUAAGAGUAAAUUAAUUAGUGGUGAACUUGGACAACAUUUAAUGGAUUGUGAAGAUUUAUUACAAAAACAAGCUUUACUUGAAUCUGAUAUUAAUAUUAUUGGUAAACGUAUUAAAGAUGUCAAUGGACAGGCAGAAAAAUUCACUCAUCCAGAGGGUCCAGAUAAAUCUGGCUAUGUACCAGUUGAUGUAAAUAUUGUUAAAGAAAGAAUGAAAAAUCUUGAAGAUAGAUAUAAAGAACUUAUUGAACUUGCCAAAGAAAGAAAAGCUAAAUUGGAAGAUAAUAAAAGGCUUUGCCAAUUCCUUUGGGAUCUUCAAGAUUUGGAGAAUACACUUAGAGAACAAGAAAAAGUUCUUAGUUCUACUGAUACUGGAAAAGAUGUUUCAUCUGUCCAAAGAUUACUUGCCAAACUUAAGAAUGCUGAAAAUAAUCUUGAUUUCCUUGAAGGUGUUCUUGGUGAUAUGGAUAAACAGGCUAAAGACAUUCAAAGAGAUAAUAUUCUUGGGUCAGAAAAUCUUGAUCCAAAAUUAAAAGUUGCCAGAGAAUUUUAUAAUAAUCUUCGUAAAUUAGCUUUAGGUAGAAGAGAAAAACUUACAGGAAAUGUUGAUUAUUAUCAAUUUAUUACUGAUGCUGAUGAUGUUGAUGCUUAUCUUCUUGAUACUCUUCGUGUUGUUUCAAGUGAUGAUGUCGGUCGUGAUGAAGGAACAGUUCAAGCUCUCAUUAAAAAACAUGAUGGAGUUAAUGAUGAAAUUGAAAGAUUUGAAAGGCAUAUUCAACAAUUGGAGGCACAAGUUGCUACAUUACCUCCUGAUGCAAGAGAACAUCCUGAAAUUAGGCAAAGACUUCUUACCACAACUCGUAGAAAGACUGAACUUGAAGAGUUGGCUAGAAUGCGUAAACAAAGAUUGGUUGAUGCUCUUUCAUUAUAUAAAUUACUUGCUGAUGCUGAUAGUCUUGAAGCAUGGAUUGAUGAGAAAGGAAAACUUCUUUCUACCUUUGCUCCUUCAGAAGAUAUUGAAGAAGUUGAAAUAAUGAGACAUAGAUUUGCAACACUUGAAAUUGAUAUGAAUAAUCAAGCAGCUAAACUUGCAACUGUCAAUGAAUUGGCAAGACAACUUCUUCAUGUUGAUCAUCCAAAUUCUGAUGAAAUUCUUGAAAGACAAAAUAGACUUAAUGCUAGAUGGGCACAACUUAAAGAUAUGGUUGAUCAAAAGAGAGAUGAACUUGAUCGUGCUCAUAGACUUGGUACAUUUAGAAUUGAUUGUCAAGAAACUGUAACAUGGAUUGAAGAUAAAACUAGAGUUCUUGAAGAUUCUGAUGAAUUAACGACCGAUCUUAGUGGUGUCAUGAAACUUCAACGAAGAUUAUCAAUGAUGGAAAGAGAUUUAGGAGCAAUACAGGCAAAAUUAGAUGCUUUACAUAAAGAAGCUGAUGCCAUUGAAAUAGAAAAACCUCAACAAGCACAACUUAUUCGUGCAGACAUUAAAAGAAUUCACCAUGUAUGGGAUGUCCUUAAUAAAAAAGUCCGUGAACAUGAAGCUAAACUUGAUGAAGCUGGAGAUUUACAAAGAUUCCUUCGUGAUCUCGAUCAUUUCCAAUCAUGGCUUUCAGCAACUCAAAGAGAAGUUGCCUCUGCAGAUGAACCACAAUCCCUUGCUGAUGCUGAACAACUUCUUAAUCAACAUUGUGCUAUUAAAGAAGAAAUUGAUGGAUAUGCAGAAGAUUAUGCCAAAAUGCGUGCCAUGGGAGAUCGUGUUACUCAAGAUCAAACUGAUCCACAAUACAUGUUCCUUAGACAAAGACUUGCUGGUCUUGAAGAAGGUUGGGAAGAACUUCGUAAUAUGUGGGAUAAUAGACAUCAAUAUUUGAGUCAUGGACUUGAUCUUCAAAUGUUCCUUAGAGAUGCUAAACAAGCUGAAGUUUCUUUAGGACAACAAGAAAAUUUCCUUGCUAAAGAAGAACAACCACAAUCAUUAGAACAUGCAGAGAAAGCUCUUAAGAGACAUCAAGAUUUUAUUACUACUAUGGAUGCUAAUGAUGAAAAGAUUAAAGCUGUUAUACAAUUUGGAGAUCAACUUACUAAUAGUGGUCAUUAUGCUGCUGAUAGAAUUCAUAAGAAAGCUAGAAAUAUUGAAGAACGUAGAGAAGCUAAUAGAGAAAAAGCUAUGGCACAAUUAGAAAAACUUAAAGAAAGUCUUGCUCUUCAACAAUUUUUGAGUGAUUGUGAAGAAUUAAGAGAAUGGAUAGAAGAAAAAAUGAUCCGUGCUCAGGAUGAAACUUAUAGAGAUGCAAAAACAAUUACUUCUAAAUUUAUGCGUCAUCAAGCAUUCCAAUCUGAAUUACAAGCUAAUAAGGAACGUCUAAAUGAAUUAAAACAUGCAGCUGUUAAACUUACAGAAGAAAUGCCUGAAUUUACAGGAACUGUUGAUCCACAAUUAGAAGAUUUAUCUACACAAUGGCAACAACUUGAAAAGACAACAGAAGAAAAAGGACAAAAAUUAUUUGAUGCUAAUAGACAACAAUUAUAUGUACAAAGUAUUAGUGAUAUGAAAGAUUGGGCACAACAACUUGAACAACAAAUGAUCAAAGAAGAUCCAUCUAAAGAUUUAACAACUGUUAACAUGGAAAUGCAGAAACAAGCUAUGAUUGAAAGUGAAAUGGUUAAGAAAACUCAACAUCUUGAAUCAUUACAACAAAUGGAACCACAACUUGAAGAAAUGCAUCCUGAAGAAGUUGAACAAAUUAAAGCACAUAGACUUGCUGUACAACAACAAUUACAAAAACUUCAAGCACCACUUGAUGAUAGAAGAAAGAUUCUAGAAAGAAAGAAGGCUGCAUAUCAAUUCUUUAGAGAUGUUGAUGAUGAAAAACUUUAUAUUCAAGAACGUUGUCCAGCAGCUAGUGCCACAAAUCUUGGUGAAAAUCUUUUCGAUUGUCACAGACUACAAAAGAAUUUACAAAGUCUUAGAAAUGAAAUUGAUAAUCAUGAACCAUGGAUUAAUGAAAUUUCUAAUAAUGGUCAAGCACUUAUUGAAUCAGGAUAUGGUAAUCCAGAAGAUUUUAGAGAAAAAGUUAAUGAACUUGCUAAUGAAUGGAGUAGACUUAAAAGGUUAAUUGAUGAACGUAAAGAAAAACUUACUGAUUCUGAACGUGCUCACCAAUAUUUGUAUGAUUGUAAUGAAGCUGAAGCUUGGAUGAGUGAACAAGAAUUAUAUAUGAUGCAAGAUGAAAGAGGAAAAGAUGAAUUUAGUACACAAAAUCAAAUUAAAAAUCACGAACGUUUACAUACAGACAUUAAACAAUAUGCUGAAACAAUUAAAGAUUUAGCUGGAAGAGCUCAACAACUUAUUAGUGAGAAAUCACCACUUUCAGAACAAAUAGCUAUUAGACAAAGUCAAAUUGAAAAACUUUAUGCUGGCUUACAAGAUCUUUGUAAAGAAAGAAGAAAGAGAUUAGAUGAAACAUUACAAUUAUAUGAAUUACAUCGUGAAAUUGAUGAUCUUCUCCAAUGGAUUGCUGAUAAAGAAGUUGUUGCUGGAAGUCAAGAAAAUGGUCAAGAUUAUGAACAUGUUCAAAUGUUACAAGAACGUUUCCAUCAAUUUGCAAGAGAUACCGAAGCUAUUGGUAGUGAAAGAGUUGACAAAGCUAAUGAUAAUUGUGAUGAAUUAAUAUCUAUUGGUCAUACAGAUGCUCCAAUGAUUGCAUUAUGGAAAGAUUCAUUAAAUGAAGCAUGGGAAAAUCUUCUUGAACUUAUUGAUACAAGAUCACAAAUGCUUGAAGCUAGCAGACAAUGUCAUAAAUUCUUCCAUGAUUGUAGAGAUUGCCUUUCAAGAAUUGUUGAAAAGACACAUGCUAUGCCUGAUGAUCUUGGUAGAGAUUCAUCAACAGUUGGUGCUUUAACUAGAAAACAUCAAAACUUCUUAAAAGAUGUUGAAGCAAUUGGUGAAAGUGUUAGAAAAGUAGAAGAGGAUGCAAAUAAUCUUCGUGAUUCUUAUGCUGGCGAUAGAGCACUUGAUAUUGCUUCAAGAGAACAAGAAGUUCUUUUAGCAUGGAAAAAACUUAAAGCUAUGUGUGAUACUAGAAAUUAUAGACUUCUUGAUACUUCUGAUCUAUUUAAAUUCCUUAAUAUGGUCAGAGAUUUACUUUUAUGGAUGGAUGAAGUUAAAAGAGAAAUGGCCUCACAUGAUAGACCAAGAGAUGUUUCUGGAGUUGAAUUACUUAUGAAUAAUCAUCAAAGUCUUAAAGCAGAAAUUGAUGCACGUGAAGAAAACUUUAAUCAAUGUAUAUCUCUUGGACGUGAUCUAUUAAAUAGAAAACAUUAUGCUAGUGCUGAAAUUGAAAAGAAAUUAAUUAAAUUAACUACAGAAAGAGCUGAAAUGAUGAGAAGAUGGGAAGAUAGAUGGGAAUAUCUUCAACUUAUUCUUGAAGUUUAUCAGUUUGCUCGUGAUGCUGCUGUUGCUGAUUCAUGGCUUAAUGCUCAAGAACCAUAUCUUUUGUCAAGAGAAUAUGGACGAAACUUAGAAGAAACUAUAAAUCUAAUUAAGAAACAUGAGGCAUUUGAAAAGAGUGCUUCUGCUCAACAAGAAAGAUUCUUAGCACUUGAAAAAUUAACAACAUUUGAAUUAAAACAAAUGCAACAAAGAGAUAUGGAAAAAGCCGAAGAGGAGAGAAGAAGAAGAGGUUCAACUCCAUCAAAAGGACAACAAAGAAGUUAUGAAACUUCAUUCCCUCCCACUUCUGAAUUAAGAUCUCAAACAUUUGAUGAUCGUUCGAGAAUGCCAUCUGAACCUUCUAGUUGGCGCAUGUCGUUAUCUCGUUCACAGAAAUUUGAUAGUAAAGAUAUUCGUGGCACUUUCAAUGGAGAUGCAUUUGAAGGAGUUCUUAUUCGUAAACAUACAUAUGAAUCAUUAGAUAAAAAAGCAUCUAAUAGAUCAUGGGAAAAAUUAUAUGCCGUUAUACAGGGUGGAGAAAUUGCAUUCUUUAAGGAUUCUAAACAUAGAGAAGAAAAUCAAUUAUAUCAUGGAGAGCCACCAUUAUCCUUACCUGGUUGUUCUGUUUCUCCAGCUGAUUAUUCAAAGAAAAAACAUGUUCUUUCAUUACGUUUACCAUAUGGUAGCGAAUACUUGCUACAAUGUGCUAAUGAAGAUGAUAUGGGACAUUGGUUACAACAACUUCAAUUGGCAACUGGUCAAGCAUCACAAGAAGAUGUUAGAUCACAAACCAUGCCCUCGGAUUCAUCUCAACCUAUAACAACAAAGAGCAAAAAAGGUGGCUUUUUUAGUAGAACCAAAAAAGAAAAGAAUUAG